AUGGGAACCUCUGUAGGACGGUUUAUGGGUGAUUGUGAUACCAAGAUCUGUCAUCGGGAGGGGAGAAGAAUGGUGGCCGUAACAGGUAGUUUUAAACAGAGCCUCACCACGAGGCCGGGAACAUCGUACCAUAUUGCCUUUAGUGAGGUGGACAAGGCGCAGGAAUCGCCUCUAUACAGCGGGGACAUCCAUACCGAGUGGAGCAAAAGUCAGAGGGUGACGAUAUCUUUAUCGGAAAGCUACCACGAAGUUCACUAA